AUGGCACCUGCCAUGGCAAUUUCGACUUACACGACCAGCUCUAGGCCCCCUUUUCCUCUGCAGCUCUCUCCGAGGGCUCUGAGGUCGCCCAUGGCCUUUGGACAGUCCGAAAUCCUGUCCCCACGGGCCAUGGCCAAGCAGGAGAAGGACCUCUGUCUCCCGGCACAAGAGUCGAUAUACACUCACAAGUCCGACCAAGACUUUUGGAACUCCCGUUGCGCCGAGACCCUCGACGGUCUGAUGCGGGCCGCCGGCUCCUACACACCGGCCCAACGGGCCGCACACCUCCAGCUUCUCUCCGAGAUCAUUGUCCCCGCCAUGGGCCCCCAUCCGUCCACUGCCCCCACAAAACCCUUGCUGACCGCCGACGGCUCGCCCUUUGAGCCCUCCUGGAACAUCACCGACUCGGGCUCUUCGUCCAUCCGCUUCUCCUUUGAGCCCAUGGGCCGCCAUGGCGGCUCGGCAUCGGACCCCUUUGCGCAAAGGAUCAUUCCUGCCAUUCUCCCUGCUCUGCGUAUGGUCUCGUACAGGGCCGAUACCCGGUGGUUCGAGCAGUUCAUGUCCGCCCUGUUCCUGACGGAAUCGGAGACAAGGGUCGCGCUCGCCAAGCUUCCCAAGAACACCCGCGCACCGACUUCGUUCCUGGCGUUCGACCUCGACGGGGCCAAGGUCGUCUUCAAGGCAUACUUCUUCCCCAUCCUCAAGCACAUCGCCACGGGCGAGUCGGCAGAAAGCAUCACAUUCAACGCCAUCCGCUCCCUGUCCCCGGGCGGCGCCGACCUCACCCCGUCCGCCAACGCCACCGAGGAGUACUUCAAGAACGCACCCUUCACCAUUCCCGUCGAGAUGAUUGCCUUGGACUGCAUAGACCCGGCCGCGGGCGCCCGCGCCAAGCUCUACGCCCGCACGCGGUCCAACGCCUUCAACGUCGUGCGCGACGUCAUGACGCUCGGCGGCCAGAUCAACGACCGGACAACGCUCGAGGGCCUGGAGGUCCUCCGCAGCAUCUGGCACCUGCUGCACAACGAGGCGGAGCCCUACGGCGACGAAUUUGACAAGCAGCCCAAGCUGGUGAGCACGCUCCACAAGGGCAUCUGCUACGGCUUCGAGCUCAAGCCCGGUGCUCAGUGGCCCGAGGUCAAGGCCUACGUGCCGCUGUGGCAAUACGCCAACAACGACGCCACCAUCUCGUCGAACCUGGCCAAGGCCUUCCGCUCGAGGGGCUGGCCUGUUGCCGAGAAGUAUGAGGACGCGAUGCACCGUAGUUUCCCCCGUUCUGACCUGACAAAGACCGCGGGGACGCACUCGUACGUCUCCUUCGCCUUCAGCAAGGACAAGGGCGCCUACUUGACAAUCUACUACUCCCUCCGGCCCCAGGACUCGCUGAUGGCCUUCUGA